CUUCCUGACUCCCAUCCAAUGCAAAGUGCCAACCUGGACCGAGACGGCCUCGGCAGCCGCAUCGCCAUAGCUUUGGCAGCAAUAUGCCUUACCACCUUCCUUUACAAGACGGCCAAGGCACGACUACGCUUUUACCACCUCAAAAAACAAGGCCUACCAGUCCCCUCCUGGGAUCCCAUAUUCGGAAACCUACGACUCAUGCCAGCGCUUCUCAAAAAAUGUCCCCGUGAUGCCCUACAAUCCGGAACCUUCACCCUCCUCAGCAUAGAACACCUAGAUCUACAAAACGGCUUCUACAUCGACCUAUGGCCAUUCACAGGCCCAAUGUUCGUCGUGACCACUCCCCCACUCGCCAUCCAGGUUUGCCAAACCUACAAUCUACCCAAACCAACCGGAACCUUAGCCCCAUUCAUCAACCCCAUGGCCGGCGGACAUAACUUCUUCAUCGCCAACGGACCAGAAUGGAAACGCGACCGCGACCUCUUCAACCACGCAUUCAGCAUGACAUCCACUAUGGGUCACGUUGACUAUAUUCUGGAUGAAGCGGAGAUCUACGUUGAAAUUCUUCGCGAAAAUGCCAAAAAGGGAGAUAUAUUCUCAAUGGAUCAGCUGGCUUGUAACUAUGUAAUGGAUGUGAUUGGUAACGUUGCAUUAAAUACCCGUUUCAACUCCCAAACCAAACAAAAUCCCAUCGCCGCCGCCAUGCGCGACACCAUCGAUCUAGAAUGCGGCCGCGAGAGCGAGAAUAACCCCUUCCAACGGUGGAAUCUCCAUCGGAUGUACCGUCAAUGGCGCAACAGCCGCACCAUGAACCAUUACAUCGGGUUGGAGUUGGAAAAGCGCUACCAGGAGGGCAAGACCACGACGCGGGGGAAAUCUAUUAUGGAUGUUGUCAUCGCUGAGUAUAUGAAGACUCGACCGAACCAGACUCACGCUUCAACUCUCGACCCGGAGUUUAAAACUUGGGCUGUCAUUCAAAUCCGCUUAUUUCUCUUCGUCGGACAUGACUCUACCGCCGUGACUAUAAUCUAUUGUCUCUAUCUGUUGUCGAAACAUCCAGACAUCCUGGCUAAGGUUCGUAAGGAACAUGAGAGGAUCUUCGGCUGUACGGGUACUGUGGCAACGCAGAUUAAACAGCAUCCAGAGAGGAUUAAUCAAAUGUCCUACACAUUAGCCGUUAUCAAAGAGACACUCCGGCUCUUUCCCCCCGCUAAUGGUCUGAGGUUCGGUACUCCGGGUGCUUCUCUCACUGACACCGAUGGAAAGACUUUCCCGGUAGAGGGCUGCUCAAUCUGGCUGGUGCACACCGCCAUUCAUCGCAACGCAGGCUACUGGCCUAAACCUCACGAAUUCAUUCCAGAUCGCUGGCUAGUCGAGCCCGGGCAUGAGCUUUAUCCGCCAACAGGUGGGUGGCGGCCAUUUGAGCGCGGAGCGCGGGACUGUGUAGGCCAGAAUAUGGCGUUGCUGGGGAUCAAAAUCACGCUGGCCAUGGUGGUGCGGGAGUUUGACUUUGAUAGUCAGUAUGAGGAGUGGGAUCGGGAGAAUCCGGGGUUUGGCGAUGUGCGGACUAUGUUUGGGGAGAGGGCGUAUCCGGUGGCGAAGGGGUCGGCGCAUCCUGCUCAGGGGUAUCCGUGUAGGGUUAGGUUGGUUGAAUAGCUGGCUAUACUGGUAUAUAUUUAGGAGUAUUUUGGAAGUAGGGUAUAUAUAACGGUAGCAAAUGUGUCAAUAAU